AUGGGCUCUGAAUCUCAAUCUCCAUCUCCCACACUACACCUUCUCCAGGAACAAAUCCCAGUGAAACAACAACCCCUUCUUCUUUCCAACAAGCUCAAAACCGGUCUCGUCCUCGUUGAUAUUAUUAACGGUUUCUGCACCGUCGGAUCUGGCAAUUUCGCGCCAAAAGAACCCGAUGAACAAGUUAAUAAAAUGGUGGAAGAAUCUGUGAGGUUAUCGAAAGUUUUUGCUGAAAAGAAUUGGCCUAUUUUUGCUUACCUUGAUUGUCAUCACCCUGAUGUUCCUGAGCCUCCUUAUCCUCCUCACUGUCUUAUUGGAUCCGACGAAACAAAAUUGGUUCCUGAACUACUGUGGUUGGAAAAUGAGCCAAAUGCAACGCUCAGGUGCAAAGACUGUAUUGAUGGAUUUAUUGGUUCUUAUGAGAAAGAUGGGUCUAAUGUGUUUAUUGAUUGGGUGAAAAGUAAUCAGAUAAAGCAAGUUUUGGUUUGUGGGAUAUGCACUGAUGUAUGUGUGCUGGAUUUUACCUGUUCGGUUUUGUCUGCGAGGAACCGCGGUUUCCUUUCUCCUCUGGAAAAUGUGAUUGUGGCUUCCCAAGCUUGUGCUACUUAUGAUCUUCCACUACAUGUAGCCAAAGCUGGCAAAGACCUGGUAUCCCAUCCACAGGAAGUAAUGCAUCAUGUUGGCCUUUACAUAGCAUGGGGAAGGGGAGCUCAGAUAGUAUCAGAAGUGUCAUUUGAAUAG